AUGCAACCUUCCCAGCAAAUCAGGACCCGUCACUUCCCAAGCAUUACCCAUUUCCUGUCAGUGCUCAAAACAUCCCGUAGCAGCAUUGGGCCAAACAGGGUCUUGCAUUUGCUCUUUCUUUCCCACGAAACUGAAGAGGGAAUGUCGUUCACGCGGCAAGUGGUGGUGAUGGAAAGUGGAAACGACCAACCGACCCGUCCGGGUACUCGAAACCCCCCAGCUCUUUCCCAGUACCAAGAGGUUUAG